CUCAACGCCGCCAGCCGCCCGCUGCUGGCCCAGACGACGCGCAUGACAUCAACCCUGAAGACAUCCAACAAAGAAGGCCAAAUCUGUCCAGCAACGGUGCGGCUGCAGCAGUUGAGGACUGAACAGAAGACUGUAAAUCCCGGAUUGAAGAAGUUAUCUACCCAACUAUGGACACACUAACGACGGCAUAAGACUCUCACUCGGAGCGCCGCACCGAACUGACGCCGCCCGGCCAGGCUCACGACGACGACGACGCGCGAGUAAAUGACGCGGAGGAGAAAAGGCAGCUGAGUGAGCCCGCACGCUGACACAGAGGCGCGAGUGCGCGCCCGCCGCCCCGCCUCCUUCCUCGUCGUCGCCGCCCGCACGCCGGCGGACCGCACUUCUGCCCCCGAGACGUCCGACGCCACCUUCCAAGAUUACGGACAUAACUCUCAACUCGCUGCCGACGCCGUUGGAUCUGCGAGCGACGCCGGUUCCCGACGCCAUGUCGGCCGACCAGCAGCAGCAACAGCAGCGGUCGGUCUUCAAGAUGGACCCGGACUUCUGGCAACAGGCGAGAGGGCCUCCGCUGCUGGGGCCUCCGCAGACGCAGGGCCCCGGCCCGCAGCAGCAGCAGCAGCAGCCGCAGCAACAGCAACAGCAGCAGCAGCAGCAGCAACAGCAGCAGCAGCAGCAGCAGGCCGGCCAGCAGGCGCCCCAGCAGGCGCCGCAGCAGCAGAGGCCGCCGCAGUCGUCGCCGCAGCUGCAGCAGCAGCCCAACAGCUCCGGCGCGCCUUCCCCGCCGCCGGACGACAGCAAGAUGAUGACCGAGAAGCUGGUCAACGAGUUACAGUCUAGAUCGAAUUCCGCUAUAAACGACCGCACUCUUGAAGAAUGCUGGUCGACGCUUCAACGAGUGAGUUGGCAUCUCUUCCGUUGUAUCUUCAUGCACAAGUCGGCGAUGCAGAUGCAGGCUCGCGAGGCGGUGCACCGGUCAGAGGUGAAGCCGCACCAGUGCCAGCAGUGCCUCAAGUCGUUCUCGUCGAACCACCAGCUGGUGCAGCACAUACGUGUGCACACUGGAGAGAAGCCGUACAAGUGCUCCUACUGUGACCGCCGCUUCAAGCAGCUGAGCCACGUGCAGCAGCAUACGCGCCUCCACACAGGCGAGCGGCCGUACAAGUGCCACCUGCCAGAGUGCGGGCGCGCCUUCAUCCAGCUGUCGAACCUGCAGCAGCACCUCCGCAACCACGACGCCCAGGUGGAGCGGGCCAAGAACCGACCCUUCCACUGCAACAUCUGCGGAAAGGGCUUCGCCACCGAGUCCAGCCUGCGCACCCACACAUCCAAGGAACUUCAGCUUCGUGUGCCUGUGUUGCAGCAACACGCGGCCCUCAUCGGCGGGCCUAACGCCACCUCAUGCCCAAUCUGCCACAAGCUGUUCCUCGGCGGAGAAGCUCUCAUGGAGCACAUGAAGCACACGCACAAAGACCCCAACGCGUCCGGAGUGGCAAAUCCGUACUUAGCGAAGCGGAGGACAGCGAACCACCCGUGCCCCGUGUGCGGCAAGCACUACGUGAACGAGGGCAGCCUUAGGAAGCACCUCGCCUGCCACCCCGAAACGUCGCAGUUCACCACCUCGCUGCGCAUGUGGCCCUGCUCCGUCUGCCAGGCGGUCUUCACGCACGAGUCCGGGCUGCUGAGCCACAUGGAGCACAUGCGCAUGGACCCGAAGCACCAGUUCGCGGCGCAGUACGUGCUGAGCCGCGCGGCCGCAGAGCGGCGCGAGCGCGAGUCGCUGCUGGCGGCGGCUGCCGUCGCCGCGUCCUCCGGCGGCCUGGCCGGCCUGGGCGGCGUGGGCGUCGGCGUCGGCGUGCCCGGCGUGGGCGGCGGGGGCGGCGCCGGCGCCGCGGGCGGGCCCAGCUCCAUGUGCGCCAGCCCGUCGGCGCAGUCCGACUCCUCGUCCGGCGGCGGCCGACUCUCCUCCACCGGCUCCGAGCCCGGCACCGCCACUGGUCCUGGGCUGCUGAACAACAACAACAACAACAACGGGCCGGGAAAGCUGGGCGAGCUGCUGCGGCCCAACAACGGGCUACAUCAGAUGGCAGGCUACGGUGAAGACCUGCACAACGCGAGCCGCAUGGCUGCCAUGGCCGCCAUCGUGGGGCAGUCCGGCGUGGCCAGUCCUGCCGUCGGGCCGCAGGCGGUCGCGGUGCAGGCUGCGGCGGUCAACCUGGCCGCCGCGAUGCGCAUGGGCGCCACCGGGCUCGCCUCGCCAGUCUCCUCCGCCAACGGCGGCGGGGGCGGCGGCGGCGGCGGCGGGGGCGGCGCCGGCGGCGGAGGGCCCCCGGGCGCGGCGGGCACGCCGCCUGCAGACGUGCAGCACGCCGCCGCCAUGGCCAUGCGCGCCGCCUCCAUGGCCGACUCCAUGCGCUCCAUGGACGCCGCCAUGCGCCAGUCCAUGGGCGUCGACUCUCACCACCACCACCACCAUCCCGGCCACCAGCCGCACCACAACCACCAGCAGGCCUCGUCGCCGGAGGCGGCGGCGCUGCGCAUGCACCAGGCGGAGGCGCUGCUGCGCUCGCAGGCGGAGGCGGCGCUGCGGCUGGCCGUGAGCCAGGCGGCGGCGGCGGCCGCGUCGUCCAGCGGGGGCGGCAUGGGCGGGGGCGGCGGGGGCGGCGGCGGCGGGCCGGGCCCCGGCGGCCACGCGGCGCACAACGGGCCCGCCGCCGGCCUCAACCACCACGGCGGGGGCGGUGGGGGCGGCGGCGGCGGCCAGCACGGCGUGCACGGCCAGCAGCAGGAGCAGCUGUCGCCAGACCUGAGCGAGGCGCUGCGGCUGCAGGAGCAGCGGCUGGAGCAGGCGCUCCGGCUGCACGGCGGAGACCCACGCGCGCUCGGCUUCUCGCUCGUCAACGCGCAGGGCCCGGCCGGCGGCGCCAACCCCUAGGCCUCCAGCCCAGCCCCAGCCGGCGAGUAUCUCCUGUUCGUAAAGACUGCACACUUGCCCCUUCCUUUCCUCCUUUUCGUUGUACGUACUCGUUGUUUUGCUCUUCAGUUUCUGGAAGUAUACGUCGGCUGUGAUCGUAAUUUCGUAGCUAGGAUAGACAGCCUCACGUUUCCGCGAGCACCCGCCCUCUCUCCCCGAGUCGGCUCUACCUCGCGAAAUCGCGACCCAAUGUUUUCGCUUCCUCUGCGUUCGAGCGCAGCUUUCCUUUGUUUUCGAGUCUACCAGUACGAGUGGUUAUGUACAGCGUGAUACCGGAUAUUUUUCGUAGGAAUAGUCAGACGACCGUAAGGGCGCGCCGUACGCGGCCACCUCCCGUUACGGUCGCCUGACGAGCUCAAUGUGAAUCUCUUGUACAAUAAUUGCUUACGAGUUGUUAUAACUCGCCAGGUUGCUGUAUUCGCCGGAUUUUUUUGUCCGUUUUGUACAAAAUCGUUACGAUCGUUAGGUGCGCAGAAUUUUAGUUUCGUCUCCGCGCGAGACGCCGCUUCCGCGUGUAAUUAUUAACAGUAACUUUUUAUAAUCAGUGCCACACGAGUAGUUAUUUGCUAUAAAGACCAUUUGAAAUCCGUAUAUGCAGUUCGAUACCUUGCAUCGCGUCUCAUACGGACAUAGUAGUGUAAAGUUUUGACACUGGGUUGCAUAUAAUAUUUAGUUGGUCGAUACACAUAAUCUCCCUCUAAAUAUGCUCAAAAUCUGUUCGAACAAAUCCCCUCUCUUCGGAUCGAUCGAUUUCCUUUUCCACGCGUAAUAAAAUAAAGCUACUGCGUUCCCUACCUCAUUCGUAAACUGUAAUUUUCGUUAUCGUGGAAAUUCGUAUCAGCCCUAUUACGUGUAAGUCAUCUUUCGUUCGCGGUACAUCGUCCGGAAACAACUGCCGACAGCAAAAAUUUGUUUCCUUCAACACGUACGUUAUAGGUCGAGUUGCACAGUUCCCGUUAAUUUAGUUGUCCGAGUGAAUAGAUUCCCGGUACCCGUUGCUCGAGUCGUGUUCUGCCGUGACGGAGGAGUAGGUACCGCGACAGCUAUUUUAUUACGUGCUGGAACAUAUUCAAAAAUACCUGUAAAAAUUUUCGGCCUGUACUAAAUUUCAAUAUAAUGGUACCGAUAGUAGUUUUUGAGAAAAUGUGACCGAGGCUAACUGAACAAUCGGAAGAAGCAAUACUGUGAAGCGGUUUUGUUAAUUAGGUAGUAGUUUCUUUUCAAAUUUGUUUAAGUUUCGUAUCAGAUACAGUCUGAACUGGAGUUAAUUUAGUAUAACUAUAUAACUAUUCUUUACACCGACCAAAGAUAAUAUUAAUUCUUUGUUAGUUUGUAUAUAGUUUAAUGAGAAGACUAUAAUCAAAUUUAUCUUCUAAUGUAGAUUUGCAAAAUUGUUUUAAGCUGACAAGUUGACACAUAAUUGUUUGUUUCACCUAUAAAUAUUGAAUCUCUGUUUCUGCUUAUUUAAUUAUAUGUACAGUUUUAUAAAUUUUAUUGGAACACGUAAGCUGUUACAGCUAGUCACUGCAAUAUUUCCCAAACUGUGGUUUGUGCGGCAGCUCUCCGAGUAAUAUGUAGUGGUUUGCAUAUUUGAAGCUGAUUCGGGUUUCUUGUAGGUCAACUGUUCUAGAAUAACGGAAAAAAUACUACCGGUAUCCUUAUAUUCUUGCUUAAAACUCAAAACAUAUGAGGGCCCUGAGCGAAAUGCUAUGUAUUCUAGUAAAAAUAUUCAAAUUACAUUCUUUAAAUAAAAUGCAACACAAAUACAUUCUGAGUCACACACUCAUGUUAUGUAUUAUAUAUGAUAAUCGUUAUACAAAACAGUAUAAUUUACAAUAGCCCAAAUACGUUUGAGUCUGACACUCAGGCGUACCAUACUACAAAUAAGGAAAUACAGUUUUACAAUAAUUUACAAUAGCCCAAAUACAUUCCGAGUCUGACACUCGAAUGUAUCCAUUUACUGCUGACAUUUUACAGUAUUUUAUUCUGCAAUAGCCCGAAUACAUAAUCGAGUCUGACACUCGAUAUGUACCACAUACACUAAACAAACUCUCUUUGUAAAAGUAAUAGUUACAAAAUAUAUAAUACAGAGUGUAAAUACUCUAAAUGUAUAUGUAUGAUACUUAACAGAUUGAUAUGACAUAAUGUACAAUAGCCCAACUGCACAAGAUGUUGCUACACUCUUGUGCAGAUCCACAAUACACAUACCUGAAUAGCAUUCAAAUACAUAAGAAGUCUGCUACUUUAUGUAUCACAGCAUGUAACACAUUAACUGUAUAUUUGUUGAUGUAUGGCUACAUAUACAGUCUGAAUUACAAUAGCCCAAUACACGAUUGAGUUCUACAUUCUUCGUGUACCCAUACUCACAUAAGCAGGCUGUCCAUAAUAAAUGUCACUUAAAGUAGCAACAAAUAUGAAAGGUCAGGAAGUUGUCAACAUGCUUGUCAAGGAUUGAAGCUGGCAUAGUUAUGGAUAACUUGUAUUUCAAAUAUCACAAUUUGCAAUAGCCCAGAUGCACACUGAGUUUAACACUCAAUGUGCAAUACAUAAUUUUUAUUAAACACGCAUUUUAUGUGAACCUACUAAAAUGUUGUGUUCCACAAAACUGCAAUAGUCCACACUGCAACACAAGUUCAACUUGUUUUACAUGUGGAAAC